UAUGAGAGUCCAUCUUGAUAUUAGCAGCAAUCUCUAGUCAACUUUUGAUUUUGAGUAUAUUUUGAUUUUUUAUGUACUGCCUGGAGUACAAGGCAGAGGAACAAUGCAAUUUUAGUUGACCAGCAAAGGAAUUGCUUGUAGGUAAGCAAUAUAGCUUCAUCUGUAAGAAAAACUCAAUAUAGAAAGCCACAGGAUUUAAGUUAGCAGUGAGGGAGAAGGAUCCAGGUAUCAAUCAAUAGAAUCGAAAUGCUUCAUUAAGAAAGGUCCAGUCCUAGUAGUCCCUAUCAAGAAGUUCUCCCUAGAGCAGUUCACUUCAUUUUGGCAGCCUACAGUAUAGCCUAGGAAAUGGCAACCCACUCCAGUAUUCUUGCCUGGAGAAUUCCAUGGACAAAGGAGCCUAGCAGGCUACUGUCCAUGGGGUGACAAAGAGUUAGACAUGACUGAGCAAUUAACACUAGUGUAACCUAGUAACUGGGCCACAUGUGUGUCAUUCAUGAAACUGUUCCAGAAAAAAAAAAAAUCCAUGCGUGCAGUAGAGUAGGGUUUCUGAAUUGAUGCCUUCGUAUUUUGGUUUUAGGGAGUGGGAUCAUCCAACUAUAAGAGGUGUGAUCUCUCAGUAUGGUGUCACAGAAAGGGUAUAGAAUUGAGAAUCAGACCUGGAGUUUGAUGCUAAGGAAGCAGGCUGUGAGCCAAGGGGAAGGCAGAGGACAGAUAUGACUGUGUUCCCAAGCUUCUGUGGUGGUUUAUGGCAUCCUCCAAACUCCUCUGCAAGGGCUGAUCCUGACCACGAAGACCCAAGGAGACCGUCUCUGAAAUCAAGUCCAGAUGAAGAACUAAGAGGGGAAAAAUGAAUAUGGUUUUUGCUCACAGAAUGGAUAACAGCAAGCCACCUUUGGUUGUUCCUACACUGCUGGUGCCUCUUCACAACCACAGCUGCGCAGAGACGGCCGCCCCUCUGCCGAGCCAAGACCUGACGGAGCUCUCCCCAGAGCACCGCUGGAGGAGCAACAGGACAGAUCCACAGUAUGGACCGAACCCUGGGGAAGUGGCCACAGCCAGCAUCUUCUUCGGGGCCCUGUGGUUGUUUUCUAUCUUUGGCAAUUCCCUGGUGUGUCUGGUCAUCCACCGCAGCAGGAGGACUCAGUCCACCACCAAUUACUUUGUGGUCUCCCUGGCAUGCGCUGACCUUCUGGUCAGCGUGGCCAGCACGCCUUUUGUCCUGCUGCAGUUCUCCACCGGCCGCUGGACCCUGGGCAGCGCCGUGUGCAGGGCCGUGCGCUACUUUCAGUAUCUCACCCCGGGUGUCCAGAUCUACGUGCUCCUGUCCAUCUGCAUAGACCGGUUCUACACCAUCGUCUACCCACUGAGCUUCAAGGUGUCCAGAGAGAAAGCCAAGAAGAUGAUCGCCGCGUCCUGGAUCUUCGAGGCGACCUUUGUGACCCCUGUGUUGUUCUUCUAUGGCUCCAGCUGGGACAACCACUGCAACUAUUUCCUUCCCUCCUCUUGGGAGGGAACCGCCUAUACUGUCAUCCAUUUCUUGGUGAGCUUUGUGAUCCCGUGCAUCCUCAUAAUCUUAUUUUACCAGAAGGUCAUAAAAUACAUUUGGAGAAUCGGCACUGAUGGCCGAACAGUGAGGCGGACCAUGAACAUUGUCCCAAGGACAAAAGUGAAAACAAUCAAGAUGUUCCUCAUUUUAAAUUUGCUAUUUUUGCUCUCCUGGCUGCCUUUUCAUGUCGCUCAGCUGUGGCACCCCCAUGAACGAGACUAUAAGAAAAGUUCCCUUGUGUUCACUGCUAUCACGUGGAUAUCCUUUAGUUCCUCAGCCUCUAAACCUACUCUGUAUUCCAUUUAUAAUGCCAAUUUUAGGAGAGGCAUGAAAGAGACUUUCUGCAUGUCAUCAAUGAAGUGUUACCGAAGCAAUGCCUAUACUAUCACAACCAGUUCAAGGAUGGCCAAAAAAAACUAUGUCGGCAUCUCAGAAAUCCCUCCAUCGGCCAAAACUAUAACCAAAGACUCAAUCUAUGAUUCGUUUGACAGGGAAGCCAAGGAAAAAAAGCUUGCUUGGCCCAUUAAUUCAAAUCCGCCAAAUACUUUUGUCUGAUUUCUCAGAAUUCUUUCAAUUAUUAUUAUGCACCAGAGGUUAAAAGUUUAACUAUAAAAACAAGCUAUUUAUGUAUUUUUUCAAUCAAUUUUCUGAUGGAAAUGUUUUAUUAUGUAGAAUGCACUCACUAUUGAUUUUAGUUUUUGUCUUUUUUAAUUUAGCUGCUUUCUGUUUUACAGGUAGCUUUUCACCUUGAGCUUAUUUAUGGUCAA